AUGGCCCGGUCCCAGCAGCAGCAGCGGCAAACAGCAUUGGGGACGCGCGUGGCCAGCAGCAAAGCAUUGGGAGUGUCUCUGGUUCUAGUGGGAGUGUCUCUGGUUCUCGUGGGGGUGUCUCUGGUUCUAGUGGGGGUGUCCCUGGUUCUAGUGGGGGGGUCCCUGGUUCUAGUUGGGAGUGUCUCUGGUUCUAGUGGGAGUGUCUCUGGUUCUCGUGGGGGUGUCUCUGGUUCUAGUGGGGGUGUCCCUGGUUCUAGUGGGGGUGUCCCUGGUUCUAGUGGUGGGAGUGUCCCUGGUUCUAGUGGGAGUGUCCCUGGUUCUAGUGGGGGUGUCUCUGGUUCUAGUGGGGGUGUCUCUGGUUCUAGUGGGAGUGUCCCUGGUUCUAGUUGGGGUGUCUCUGGUUCUAGUGGGGGUGUCUCUGGUUCUAGUGGGGGUGUCUCUGGUUCUAGUUGGGGUGUCUCUGGUUCUAGUGGGAGUGUCCCUGGUUCUAGUGGGGGUGUCCCUGGUUCUAGUGGGGGUGUCCCUGGAUCUAGUGGGGGUGUCUCUGGUUCUAGUGGGGGUGUCUCUGGUUCUAGUGGGGGUGUCUCUGGUUCUAGUUGGGGUGUCUCUGGUUCUAGUGGGGGUGUCUCUGGUUCUAGCGGGGGUGUCCCUGGUUCUAGUGGGGGUGUCCCUGGUUCUAGUGGGGGUGUCUCUGGUUCUAGUGGGGGUGUCCCUGGUUCUAGUGGGGGUGUCUCUGGUUCUAGUGGGGGUGUCCCUGGUUCUAGUGGGAGUGUCUCUGGUUCUAGUGGGAGUGUCCCUGGUUCUAGUGGGGGUGUCCCUGGUUCUAGUGGGGGUGUCUCUGGUUCUAGUGGGGGUGUCUCUGGUUCUAGUGGGGGUGUCCCUGGUUCUAGUGGGGGUGUCCCUGGAUCUAGUGGGGGUCUCCCUGGUUCUAGUGGGGGUCUCCCUGGUUCUAGUGGGGGUGUCUCUGGUUCUAGUGGGGGUGUCCCUGGAUCUAGUGGGGGUCUCCCUGGUUCUAGUGGGGGUGUCUCUGGUUCUAGCGGGGGUGUCCCUGGUUCUAGCGGGGGUGUCUCUGGUUCUAGCGGGGGUGUCCCUGGUUCUAGUGGGAGUGUCCCUGGUUCUAGUGGGGGUCUCGCUGGUUCUAGUGGGGGUGUCUCUGGUUCUAGUGGGGGUGUCUCUGGUUCUAGUGGGGGUGUCUCUGGUUCUAGUGGGGGUGUCUCUGGUUCUAGUGGGGGUCUCGCUGGUUCUAGUGGGGGUCUCGCUGGUUCUAGUGGGGGUGUCCCUGGUUCUAGUGGGGGUGUCCCUGGUUCUAGUGGGGGUGUCCCUGGUUCUAGUGGGGGUGUCCCUGGUUCUAGCGGGGGUGUCCCUGAUUCUAGUGGGGGUGUCUCUGGUUCUAGUGGGGGUGUCCCUGGUUCUAGCGGGGGUGGCCCACCCCCUGGUUCUAGUGGGGGUGUCCCUGGUUCUAGUGGUGGGGGUGUUCCUGGUUCUAGUGGGGGUGUCUCUGGUUCUAGUGGGAGUGUCCCUGGUUCUAGUGGGGGUGUCCCUGGAUCUAGUGGGGGUGUCCCUGGUUCUAGUGGGGGUGUCUCUGGUUCUAGUGGGGGUGUCCCUGGUUCUAGCGGGGGUGUCCCUAGUUCUAGCGGGGGUGUCCCUGGUUCUAGCGGGGGUGUCCCUGGUUCUAGCGGGGGUGUCCCUGGUUCUACUGGGAGUGUCUCUGGUUCUCGUGGGGGUGUCCCUGGUUCUAGUGGGGGUGUCCCUGGUUCUAGCGGGGGUGUCCCUGGUUCUAGUGGGGGUGUCCCUGGUUCUAGUGCGGGUGUCCCUGGUUCUAGCGGGGGUGUCCCUGGUUCUAGCGGGGGUGUCCCUGGUUCUAGUGGGAGUGUCUCUGGUUCUCGUGGGGGUGUCCCUGGUUCUAGUGGGGGUGUCCCUGGUUCUAGCGGGGGUGUCCCUGGUUCUAGUGGGGGUGUCCCUGGGUCUAGUGGGGGUGUCCCUGGUUCUAAUGGGGGUGUCUCUGGUUCUAGUGGGGGUGUCCCGGGUUCUAGUGGGGGUGUCCCUGGUUCUAGUGGGGGUGUCCCUGGUUCUAGUGGGGGUGUACCUGGUUCUAGUGGGGGUGUCCCUGGUUCUAGUGGGGGUGUACCUGGUUCUAGUGGGGGUGUCCCUGGUUCUAGUGGGGGUGUCCCUGGUUCUAGUGGGGGUGUCCCUGGUUCUAGUGGGGGUAUACCUGGUUCUAGUGGGGGUGUCUCUCGUUCUAGUGGGGGUGUCCCUGGUUCUAGUGGGGGUGUCCCUGGUUCUAGUGGGGGUGUCUCUGGUUCUAGUGGGGGUGUCCCUGGAUCUAGUGGGGGUGUCUCUAGUUCUAGUGGGGGUAUCCCUGGUUGUAGUGGGGGUGUCCCUGGCUCUAGCCCAUGGGGGUGUAGCCCAGCAGAGGCAGCUUGAAGCGUCA